AUGAGUGACAACCUUACCCAGUCUGCAAGUGGCAUUCAGUCCAUGGUAAUGACCUGCCACAAUGCAGCUGAGCUUGCCAAGUGGAUGGUCAAGCAACUGGAGUGGAAGAAGUGGAAGGAGAGUGACCUCAAGAAGAAGAGCCUCAGUGAACUUCAAAACAUGUGCAUGACCAUACCUGAGACUCAAGAGCAAGAAGCUGAAAAAAAUAGCACCACUGGAGCCAGCUCCACCAUGGAGAUGUCACAAGAUUUGCUUGGAGCACCAGAGGUUGAUGCAACAGCCCAAACAACAUCUGCCAGCAAGGAGCAAGUAACCCUGCCAACUGCCAUGGCAACUGAUGAGGAGCUGUGGAAGCUCCUGAAGGAGCACAAGCAGAUCCAAGCAGGCAACAAGUACAAGAUCAGCAAGAAUGCCUUCAAGGAGCUCCUCAUUGCCUGCCAGAGAGGUGUUGAGUUCCUGAGCAAGGUGAGAAAGGUGGCUACAUGCCUCAUGGAUAGGGACUUCAUCCACCUCAAGAACAAGGUGGCUACUGGAGAGUGGGCCUGCUUCCAUCUCAACUUCAGCUACCACAUCAAUGGAGCUUCUGCACAACUGAAUGAAUCUGAGACCAACAUCAUCACAAAUGUCCAGUGGCUGUGCUUCUAUAGGGGUUGA